AUGAUGCCGUCUCAGCCAGGUAAAGAGGCAGGGGCUUUGUCGUCCCUGCUCCUCGCCGCAGCGGCUCUAGGCAGAACCGUCAACGGACACGAACAUCACGGCGAGACGGAUAUCCCGCAAGGACAGACUGUCUCGCUGGAGCCUCUGGAUACGACGCUGUGGGCUCACAUCUUCAUCAACAUGUUUGCCUAUGGCGUCAUCUUCCCCAUCGGCAUGGUUCUAGGGAUGACCAAGUCCCGGUGGCACGUCCCCACGCAAGUCGUCGGCUCGGCGCUCGCCCUCGUCGGAUUCUUCCUGGGCCACGCCCACGGCGGCCGAAAGUUUGUGGGAAACAACAUCCACUCCGUCUUCGCAAACAUCCUGCAGCUGCUGCUGGUUGGCCAGGUGGUCCUGGGCCUGUACCUCAAGGGCCACUGGGAAAAAGGCGUCAACGGCAAGAUUCGGAAGCUGAUCCGGCCGUGCCAUUCCCUCGUCGGCAAGGCCAUGCCGCUCCUGGCGUGGACGCAGAUGGUGUUUGGCGGCAUCACGGCCCUGGGCUUCUGCCAGGGCGAGGGCGAGCAUGUGGGGCAGUGCGCGGCGCACUUCAUCAUGGGCGGCGCCUUCAUCGCCUAUGGGAUCCUCCUGACCAUCGUCGUGCUGGUCGGGCAGGUGUGGAUGCAGCGGUGCGGGCGGUCGCAGGAGUUUUUCGACAGCGCCGUCAUCACGGCCUGGGGCGGCGUCAACUCGGUUACCGAGCACCGCUGGGGCACGGCCUGGAUCAGGAAUGACUGGCAGCACACGACCAUGGGCAUCGUGUGGUGGUGCGCCGGCCUGGCCGGCAUGUGGCUCAGCAGGGACCGCGACGGCAACCCCAAGCGCAACUUUGUGCCCGGCUUGGUCAUCUUCCUCACCGGCUGGGCCAUGUCGGCGCACCCGCAGGACCUGAUGGUCAGCGCCAUGACGCACGCCGCGUUUGGCAAGACGCUCAUGGCGGCCGGGCUGGCCAGGAUCGUCGAAGUGGCCUUUGUCCUGCGCGACAGGCCAUCGCUGUCGGAGGACGGCCGGUCCUGGAACAGCUUCCAGUUUGUCCCUAUUUUUCUCCUGUACGCGGCGGGCUUCCUCUUCAUGGGCGCGACCGAGGAGCAGAUGCAGCUCGUCUCGCAGUCCGGCAUGGACGGCAUGUCGUACAUUCUCAUUCUGUUCUCGCUCGCCUUCCUGCUGUUCCUGUUCGUCAACAUGCUCAUCCACCUGUACGACCGGCUGGCCAACCCGGCCACGGACGCCAAGUCGUUUGCCAACGGGCACGCCGGCGCCAACCCGGGCGCGGCGGAGGAGGGCCAGGUAAGAGACGCGGAAGAGUUUGAGCUGGACGGGCUGAUGAGCGACGAGGAAGGGGACGAGAGCCGGAGCAUGCUGCGGAGCGUCGACGGCCGGGGCAAUCACGGGCGGGUGAUUUGA